GCCCGUGGUGGCUAAAGCUACGUGUCCUUGUCCCCCGUGGGCAGCCUCUGCGCGUACGGCCUCGGAUCCCCAGCUGGAAGGGCCACCACCCAGCCACCACCUCCUGAGAAAACCCGGCCUGGAGCUAUGAAGCCCAAGAACCGGCCCCCUCGGCGCCGGACACCCAUGCAGGACGCAGAAGCCACCCCGGGAGAGCAGACGCCUGACAGACCCCAGUCAGGCUCAGGGGCGUCAGAGCUGACAAAGGGUCUCCGGAGCAGGACAGCCCGUGCAAGCGGAGGAGGUCGGGGAGAGGUCAGCCGCCGGCGACAGGGGUCCGGCGGCCGCAGGGAGAACAGUGUUCAGAGGCGGCUGGAGAGCAAUGAGCGGGAGAGACAGCGGAUGCAUAAACUCAACAAUGCCUUCCAGGCACUGCGCGAGGUCAUCCCGCACGUGCGGGCUGACAAGAAGCUCUCCAAGAUUGAGACCCUCACGCUGGCCAAGAACUAUAUCAAGUCGCUGACCGCCACCAUACUUACUAUGUCCAGCAGCCGCCUCCCGGGGCUGGAGGCACCAGGUCCUGCGCCAGGCCCUAAAUUAUACCAGCAUUACCAUCACCAGCAGCAGCAACAGCAGCAGCAGCAGCAGGUAGCUGGGGCCAUGCUUGGUGUCACCGAGGACCAGCCCCAAGGCCACCUGCAACGCUACUCUACACAGAUCCACAGCUUUAGAGAGGGGAGCUAGCACAUGCUUCAGGCUCUGGGGCGGGUUGGCAGUGAGGAGCCCGCCUGCCCGUCUCAGCUGUGGUCCCUCUGUGCCGCAAGCCCCAGACUGGUAAUGACACUAUUGAGGUCCUUGCGGGGAUUUUGUUGUUGAUGAAAGCCCUCCCGUGGCCCAAGCUGGCCUUGAACUCCUGAUCCUCCUCACCUCCAUCUAGGGCUGGGAUUACAUCCUGACAUGGUGCCACACUGGGGACUGAGCUAAGGGCUGUGUGUGCACGGGCUAAGCAAGCUCUCCACCAACUGAGCUGCAUCCCCAGCCCAGAGCUAUCUCGCAGUUACUCCACUGUCCUUGAAACUC